AUGGGCCUAAUUGGCCGUCUCUUCCCCCGCAACAUCAACCCGCAAGCUCGGCCAGAUAGACAGCACAAGGGCUGUGCUGUGACUAAAGCAAGCGGAAAACAUGUCUUGGGCAAGUGCCCUCACCAGCGUCGCCUCCUACGCAGUCUCUCCCGUCAUCCUAACUACCAAUAUUCUGCUGGCCGUGCUACGAGCGCUCACAACUCCCUGGGUACAUGUGGUACUCUACAUAUUCCGUAUUUGGGUCCUCUUACCACUGCACAUCUUGUCCAAAUUCGAGGUGAAUACACUCAUCCAUCAAGCAACGCCCCCGUCCCCACCUUUUUUUUUGCCACGGCCGUGACUUUUUAUAAAUGUUUAAUAUCCGAAUUAACAAGCCCCAAAUUCGCCCAGCCGCUCUUAAUCUUCCUCAGCGUCGCUGGUGCCCUUGGUGUCACGGCUGGGAUAUCGCUACAUUUCUCGUCAGGAUAUAUGCAUCAGCUGCUUGAUAUCCGUACAGGAGGCGAGGACAACGAAUACACAAACAAAAAGAGAAAGUUUACAGUUGAUAAUGGUAGCAGCAGUAACAGCGAUCUAACCAACCCACGCCAAAAAACCAGCGAUGGCAGGAAGCAUACCACUUCGGCUGGCUCUAGCAGGGCAUCCUUAAGGGAUAUUAUGAGGGCGCAGAAUAAGCCUUGGCUCGCCAGAAAUAGGAAUGAAGAGCAGACCGCGAUGACGAGCUUGUGGCAAGUACCGGCGUUUAAAAAUGAGCGGAAAGAGGUGACGAAAAGGGAUGAUGAGAACGAGAUAGAGAGUGAGCAGGUUCCUAGGGGGGAGAGAAAUAGGGAGGACUUACUUGCCACGAUAAUUCUGGAGGAGGAAGAGGAUGAUGAUUAUGGUGAGGGUGAGGUUGAGGAGGAGGAGGUGGAGGAGGAGGAGGAGGAGGAGGAGGAGGAUAAUGAGAUAUAA